AUGACUGAAGCUGAAAACCCGGAGACGCACAAGAGCUCUGAGUUCUGGUGCUGGGGGCACAGCCCCUGGUGUCCAAGAUGCAUCAGAUUCUAUCACACCCCCUCUUCAACACCAACUUGCAAAUUCCGUGUGAGCAAUCACUCGGCUGCGAGGCAUCAUAGUGCGCACCAUCUGCCUUCUUUUUCCGGUCAUAUGCGCCGACGACCAAAUAAGGGAGUGUAUGCUUGUGACUGUGUUCAGCUAGUCCAUUUACUCGAGAGACAAGAGCUCGAAGCCCACGGAGGUAAUCGUUAUGGUCUGCUUGAUGUCGUUCUCUCGUUCGCUCACGGCUCCAUUUGUGGUCAUGCGCAUAAGAACAGGUUUUAG